AUGUUCUUCCUCGCAGUGGCCGCUUUCAGCUUGCUUCCCUGGUCGGUAGCAGGGAAGAUGGCCGUCGUGCGAACCUUCGCGACCAGUCAGGAGGUCGCGGAUCUGAUGCAGUCCUACACGGAGUGGGAGUCGACCAUGCCGUGCGCAAGUCCUGGCCAGAGCAGCACGGUAGACCUGAUCUUGGUUUACAGCAAGGAUCUCGCCACGGACUCCACGGCCACGGCCGCAGUCCAAUCCUAUGAGUCAGGCUUCGCGCAGAAUGAGCACUGGACCGGCUGCUUCGGAGGCAUCAAAAACUUUUCCGCCAAGCUUGCCCCAGAGGAAGACCACUACGACGACCAGGGCUAUGCAAUGAACAGGCACUGGGUCUCAGGUCCCAACAUGGUGUUUCAGCACGUUGUGGAGGCCAUGUUCACCGGAGCCUUUGCCGGUGAGUACGACAGCUUUUUCUGGAUGGAGAUGGAUGCCGUUCCUGUGAGGGCAAACUGGCUAGACAAGUUUGUGGAAGAGGCCGCAGAGAUGCCUGCCAUGAACAUGGCCAUCCGUGGCAGCCUCUACGAGGGAGCCAACUGGCAAAUGUUCUCACAUAUGAUGCCAUCCUACUUGCUGAACCACAUCAACGGCAAUGCCAUCUACAACCUGCAGCACCCGUGGACGAAGUUCCUGUUCGACACUUUCACUGCAGAGGGCAAUGCCGACUUGAUUGAGGAGAUGGCCUUCGACACCGUGUACUCAGCCAUCACGGCAGUUGCCAUGGAGGGCUCCAACGUAAUGCUUGCAGCAGCAUGGGCAGCUAGCAACGGCUCGACCAUGACCUACAGCUCUGACACUGAGCUGAUCCGAAACUAUGCCAACACCUUGCUGAACAGCAGCUACGACAUCGGGGCGUACAUUCGCCACGGAUCGAGGCAUAACAUCUUGGAGAGUUUGGCGGGUGACAUGGUCACGCUUGGUGUUCUUUCCAUUGAUGGUCAGAACGACCGCAUGCUGAGCAGCCUGUCAACCAAUCACCCCUUCAAGAAGGUCCUCAUGCUGACGCACUACCCAGUGACGACGUCCACCCAGACCAUCGAGGCGCCAGGCGGCGCUGUGACGCUGACCAUCGAGGAGGCUGAAAGCAGCCCACUCAUGCACAUGUGCGAGGUGGCGGACAAGGUGACGACACCAUGGUUUGCCUUGGCAACCAACCUGCACCACAUCAAUGCGCCGGUGAGUGUGCUCACGAGCAUGGGCGAGCCAGUGAUGCCGUAUCUCCUGGCCACUUCCCCCUACUGCGCCAGUCGUCCUGACUGCAAAGCGGCCUUGGAUCAGGCGGAUGAGCUUUUUGGCAUCUCGCUGAACUACCACCAUGACUCGAACGAGGUGCUCUUUAGAACUUCCGAUGCCACGAGCUUUUGUGCUGCCUGGAUGACUGCCGCUGGCAACAAGACUGUCGAGACUUGCGAAAUGGUCUUCGGGCCCACCGCAGACGACUUCGUGGCUUGGCAGAUUGCCGUGGGCAUGAACGUCACGGGUUUGCCGAAAGACAAGACACGCUAUGGCUGGAGGCCUUGGACGACCCUGUGGGCUCCAAUGCCUGUGGAUGAAAGAAAUUGCUCGACCACCGUCUAUGGUGAAAAGGAGUACCUGGAGUCGCUCGCCUUCAUCCCGAAUUGCAGCGUCUAUGUGGAGAAUGCUUCCGCCUGCGAUGCUGACACCAUGUGUUAUUGGAGGCCCAUGUUCGAGACGGGCAUUUGUGCCACGCAGUCGACGGGCACGAACAUGAUCGUGAACAUCACUGGGGCUCCUGGCGGAGACUCUGCCGAAUCCAUGUGCCUUGCCUCGUGGAUCCUGCUACAGAUAGUGCUCCUUCCACGCGGUGCAGACUUCGCCGGCCUGAAGACGAACAACCUUGAGCUUCGACCAUGUUAUGAGACCAUGGUGAACGCACAGCGGAAACAGCGCGGCUCGGAUCUUCGACCAUGGGGUAGGGCUCGUUUCUGUGAUGGGAUGUUCUUCCUCGCAGUGGCCGCUUUCAGCUUGCUUCCCUGGUCGGUAGCAGGGAAGAUGGCCGUCGUGCGAACCUUCGCGACCAGUCAGGAGGGGGCUCCUGGCGGAGACUCUGCCGAAUCCAUGUGCCUUGCCUCGUGGAUCCUGCUACAGAUAGUGCUCCUUCCACGCGGUGCAGACUUCGCCGGCCUGAAGACGAACAACCUUGAGCUUCGACCAUGUUAUGAGACCAUGGUGAACGCACAGCGGAAACAGCGCGGCUCGGAUCUUCGACCAUGGGGUAGGGCUCGUUUCUGUGAUGGGAUGUUCUUCCUCGCAGUGGCCGCUUUCAGCUUGCUUCCCUGGUCGGUAGCAGGGAAGAUGGCCGUCGUGCGAACCUUCGCGACCAGUCAGGAGGUCGCGGAUCUGAUGCAGUCCUACACGGAGUGGGAGUCGACCAUGCCGUGCGCAAGUCCUGGCCAGAGCAGCACGGUAGACCUGAUCUUGGUUUACAGCAAGGAUCUCGCCACGGACUCCACGGCCACGGCCGCAGUCCAAUCCUAUGAGUCAGGCUUCGCGCAGAAUGAGCACUGGACCGGCUGCUUCGGAGGCAUCAAAAACUUUUCCGCCAAGCUUGCCCCAGAGGAAGACCACUACGACGACCAGGGCUAUGCAAUGAACAGGCACUGGGUCUCAGGUCCCAACAUGGUGUUUCAGCACGUUGUGGAGGCCAUGUUCACCGGAGCCUUUGCCGGUGAGUACGACAGCUUCUUCUGGAUGGAGAUGGAUGCCGUUCCUGUGAAGGCAAACUGGCUAGACAAGUUUGUGGAAGAGGCCGCAGAGAUGCCUGCCAUGAACAUGGCCAUCCGUGGCAGCCUCUACGAGGGAGCCAACUGGCAAAUGUUCUCACAUAUGAUGCCAUCCUACUUGCUGAACCACAUCAACGGCAAUGCCAUCUACAACCUGCAGCACCCGUGGACGAAGUUCCUGUUCGACACUUUCACUGCAGAGGGCAAUGCCGACUUGAUUGAGGAGAUGGCCUUCGACACCGUGUACUCAGCCAUCACGGCAGCUGCCAUGGAGGGCUCCAACGUAAUGCUUGCAGCAGCAUGGGCAGCUAGCAACGGCUCGACCAUGACCUACAGCUCUGACACUGAGCUGAUCCGAAACUAUGCCAACACCUUGCUGAACAGCAGCUACGACAUCGGGGCGUACAUUCGCCACGGAUCGAGGCAUAACAUCUUGGAGAGUUUGGCGGGUGACAUGGUCACGCUUGGUGUUCUUUCCAUUGAUGGUCAGAACGACCGCAUGCUGAGCAGCCUGUCAACCAAUCACCCCUUCAAGAAGGUCCUCAUGCUGACGCACUACCCAGUGACGACGUCCACCCAGACCAUCGAGGCGCCAGGCGGCGCUGUGACGCUGACCAUCGAGGAGGCUGAAAGCAGCCCACUCAUGCACAUGUGCGAGGUGGCGGACAAGGUGACGACACCAUGGUUUGCCUUGGCAACCAACCUGCACCACAUCAAUGCGCCGGUGAGUGUGCUCACGAGCAUGGGCGAGCCAGUGAUGCCGUAUCUCCUGGCCACUUCCCCCUACUGCGCCAGUCGUCCUGACUGCAAAGCGGCCUUGGAUCAGGCGGAUGAGCUUUUUGGCAUCUCGCUGAACUACCACCAUGACUCGAACGAGGUGCUCUUUAGAACUUCCGAUGCCACGAGCUUUUGUGCUGCCUGGAUGACUGCCGCUGGCAACAAGACUGUCGAGACUUGCGAAAUGGUCUUCGGGCCCACCGCAGACGACUUCGUGGCUUGGCAGAUUGCCGUGGGCAUGAACGUCACGGGUUUGCCGAAAGACAAGACACGCUAUGGCUGGAGGCCUUGGACGACCCUGUGGGCUCCAAUGCCUGUGGAUGAAAGAAAUUGCUCGACCACCGUCUAUGGUGAAAAGGAGUACCUGGAGUCGCUCGCCUUCAUCCCGAAUUGCAGCGUCUAUGUGGAGAAUGCUUCCGCCUGCGAUGCUGACACCAUGUGUUAUUGGAGGCCCAUGUUCGAGACGGGCAUUUGUGCCACGCAGUCGACGGGCACGAACAUGAUCGUGAACAUCACUGGGGCUCCUGGCGGAGACUCUGCCGAAUCCAUGUGCCUUGCCUCGUGGAUCCUGCUACAGAUAGUGCUCCUUCCACGCGGUGCAGACUUCGCCGGCCUGAAGACGAACAACCUUGAGCUUCGACCAUGUUAUGAGACCAUGGUGAACGCACAGCGGAAACAGCGCGGCUCGGAUCUUCGACCAUGGGGUAGGGCUCGUUUCUGUGAUGGGAUGUUCUUCCUCGCAGUGGCCGCUUUCAGCUUGCUUCCCUGGUCGGUAGCAGGGAAGAUGGCCGUCGUGCGAACCUUCGCGACCAGUCAGGAGGUCGCGGAUCUGAUGCAGUCCUACACGGAGUGGGAGUCGACCAUGCCGUGCGCAAGUCCUGGCCAGAGCAGCACGGUAGACCUGAUCUUGGUUUACAGCAAGGAUCUCGCCACGGACUCCACGGCCACGGCCGCAGUCCAAUCCUAUGAGUCAGGCUUCGCGCAGAAUGAGCACUGGACCGGCUGCUUCGGAGGCAUCAAAAACUUUUCCGCCAAGCUUGCCCCAGAGGAAGACCACUACGACGACCAGGGCUAUGCAAUGAACAGGCACUGGGUCUCAGGUCCCAACAUGGUGUUUCAGCACGUUGUGGAGGCCAUGUUCUCCGGAGCCUUUGCCGGUGAGUACGACAGCUUCUUCUGGAUGGAGAUGGAUGCCGUUCCUGUGAAGGCAAACUGGCUAGACAAGUUUGUGGAAGAGGCCGCAGAGAUGCCUGCCAUGAACAUGGCCAUCCGUGGCAGCCUCUACGAGGGAGCCAACUGGCAAAUGUUCUCACAUAUGAUGCCAUCCUACUUGCUGAACCACAUCAACGGCAAUGCCAUCUACAACCUGCAGCACCCGUGGACGAAGUUCCUGUUCGACACUUUCACUGCAGAGGGCAAUUCCGACUUGAUUGAGGAGAUGGCCUUCGACACCGUGUACUCAGCCAUCACGGCAGCUGCCAUGGAGGGCUCCAACGUAAUGCUUGCAGCAGCAUGGGCAGCUAGCAACGGCUCGACCAUGACCUACAGCUCUGACACUGAGCUGAUCCGAAACUAUGCCAACACCUUGCUGAACAGCAGCUACGACAUCGGGGCGUACAUUCGCCACGGAUCGAGGCAUAACAUCUUGGAGAGUUUGGCGGGUGACAUGGUCACGCUUGGUGUUCUUUCCAUUGAUGGUCAGAACGACCGCAUGCUGAGCAGCCUGUCAACCAAUCACCCCUUCAAGAAGGUCCUCAUGCUGACGCACUACCCAGUGACGACGUCCACCCAGACCAUCGAGGCGCCAGGCGGCGCUGUGACGCUGACCAUCGAGGAGGCUGAAAGCAGCCCACUCAUGCACAUGUGCGAGGUGGCGGACAAGGUGACGACACCAUGGUUUGCCUUGGCAACCAACCUGCACCACAUCAAUGCGCCGGUGAGUGUGCUCACGAGCAUGGGGGAGCCAGUGAUGCCGUAUCUCCUGGCCACUUCCCCCUACUGCGCCAGUCGUCCUGACUGCAAAGCGGCCUUGGAUCAGGCGGAUGAGCUUUUUGGCAUCUCGCUGAACUACCACCAUGACUCGAACGAGGUGCUCUUUAGAACUUCCGAUGCCACGAGCUUUUGUGCUGCCUGGAUGACUGCCGCUGGCAACAAGACUGUCGAGACUUGCGAAAUGGUCUUCGGGCCCACCGCAGACGACUUCGUGGCUUGGCAGAUUGCCGUGGGCAUGAACGUCACGGGUUUGCCGAAAGACAAGACACGCUAUGGCUGGAGGCCUUGGACGACCCUGUGGGCUCCAAUGCCUGUGGAUGAAAGAAAUUGCUCGACCACCGUCUAUGGUGAAAAGGAGUACCUGGAGUCGCUCGCCUUCAUCCCGAAUUGCAGCGUCUAUGUGGAGAAUGCUUCCGCCUGCGAUGCUGACACCAUGUGUUAUUGGAGGCCCAUGUUCGAGACGGGCAUUUGUGCCACGCAGUCGACGGGCACGAACAUGAUCGUGAACAUCACUGUGUGUGUCCAUUCCAUCCUCAUGACGACACUGGUGGACUACCAGAAUUUGCCCCUGUCUCUGUGCCAAAGGAUGUUCUUCCUCGCAGUGGCCGCUUUCAGCUUGCUUCCCUGGUCGGUAGCAGGGAAGAUGGCCGUCGUGCGAACCUUCGCGACCAGUCAGGAGGUCGCGGAUCUGAUGCAGUCCUACACGGAGUGGGAGUCGACCAUGCCGUGCGCAAGUCCUGGCCAGAGCAGCACGGUAGACCUGAUCUUGGUUUACAGCAAGGAUCUCGCCACGGACUCCACGGCCACGGCCGCAGUCCAAUCCUAUGAGUCAGGCUUCGCGCAGAAUGAGCACUGGACCGGCUGCUUCGGAGGCAUCAAAAACUUUUCCGCCAAGCUUGCCCCAGAGGAAGACCACUACGACGACCAGGGCUAUGCAAUGAACAGGCACUGGGUCUCAGGUCCCAACAUGGUGUUUCAGCACGUUGUGGAGGCCAUGUUCACCGGAGCCUUUGCCGGUGAGUACGACAGCUUUUUCUGGAUGGAGAUGGAUGCCGUUCCUGUGAGGGCAAACUGGCUAGACAAGUUUGUGGAAGAGGCCGCAGAGAUGCCUGCCAUGAACAUGGCCAUCCGUGGCAGCCUCUACGAGGGAGCCAACUGGCAAAUGUUCUCACAUAUGAUGCCAUCCUACUUGCUGAACCACAUCAACGGCAAUGCCAUCUACAACCUGCAGCACCCGUGGACGAAGUUCCUGUUCGACACUUUCACUGCAGAGGGCAAUGCCGACUUGAUUGAGGAGAUGGCCUUCGACACCGUGUACUCAGCCAUCACGGCAGUUGCCAUGGAGGGCUCCAACGUAAUGCUUGCAGCAGCAUGGGCAGCUAGCAACGGCUCGACCAUGACCUACAGCUCUGACACUGAGCUGAUCCGAAACUAUGCCAACACCUUGCUGAACAGCAGCUACGACAUCGGGGCGUACAUUCGCCACGGAUCGAGGCAUAACAUCUUGGAGAGUUUGGCGGGUGACAUGGUCACGCUUGGUGUUCUUUCCAUUGAUGGUCAGAACGACCGCAUGCUGAGCAGCCUGUCAACCAAUCACCCCUUCAAGAAGGUCCUCAUGCUGACGCACUACCCAGUGACGACGUCCACCCAGACCAUCGAGGCGCCAGGCGGCGCUGUGACGCUGACCAUCGAGGAGGCUGAAAGCAGCCCACUCAUGCACAUGUGCGAGGUGGCGGACAAGGUGACGACACCAUGGUUUGCCUUGGCAACCAACCUGCACCACAUCAAUGCGCCGGUGAGUGUGCUCACGAGCAUGGGGGAGCCAGUGAUGCCGUAUCUCCUGGCCACUUCCCCCUACUGCGCCAGUCGUCCUGACUGCAAAGCGGCCUUGGAUCAGGCGGAUGAGCUUUUUGGCAUCUCGCUGAACUACCACCAUGACUCGAACGAGGUGCUCUUUAGAACUUCCGAUGCCACGAGCUUUUGUGCUGCCUGGAUGACUGCCGCUGGCAACAAGACUGUCGAGACUUGCGAAAUGGUCUUCGGGCCCACCGCAGACGACUUCGUGGCUUGGCAGAUUGCCGUGGGCAUGAACGUCACGGGUUUGCCUAAAGACAAGACACGCUAUGGCUGGAGGCCUUGGACGACCCUGUGGGCUCCAAUGCCUGUGGAUGAAAGAAAUUGCUCGACCACCGUCUAUGGUGAAAAGGAGUACCUGGAGUCGCUCGCCUUCAUCUCGAAUUGCAGCGUCUAUGCGGAGAAUGCUUCCGCCUGCGAUGCUGCCCAUGUUCGAGACGGGCAUUUGUGCCACGCAGUCGACGGGUGUGUCCAUUCCAUCCUCAUGACGACGCUGGUGGACUACCAGAAUUUGCCCUUGUCUCUGUGCCAUAGGGGGCUCCUGGCGGAGACUCUGCCGAAUCCAUGUGCAGACUUCGCCGGCCUGAAGACGAACAACCUUGAGCUUCGACCAUGUUAUGAGACCAUGGUGAACGCACAGCGGAAACAGCGCGGCUCGGAUCUUCGACCAUGGGGUAGGGCUCGUUUCUGUGAUGGGAUGUUCUUCCUCGCAGUGGCCGCUUUCAGCUUGCUUCCCUGGUCGGUAGCAGGGAAGAUGGCCGUCGUGCGAACCUUCGCGACCAGUCAGGAGGUCGCGGAUCUGAUGCAGUCCUACACGGAGUGGGAGUCGACCAUGCCGUGCGCAAGUCCUGGCCAGAGCAGCACGGUAGACCUGAUCUUGGUUUACAGCAAGGAUCUCGCCACGGACUCCACGGCCACGGCCGCAGUCCAAUCCUAUGAGUCAGGCUUCGCGCAGAAUGACGACCAGGGCUAUGCAAUGAACAGGCACUGGGUCUCAGGUCCCAACAUGGUGUUUCAGCACGUUGUGGAGGCCAUGUUCACCGGAGCCUUUGCCGGUGAGUACGACAGCUUCUUCUGGAUGGAGAUGGAUGCCGUUCCUGUGAAGGCAAACUGGCUAGACAAGUUUGUGGAAGAGGCCGCAGAGAUGCCUGCCAUGAACAUGGCCAUCCGUGGCAGCCUCUACGAGGGAGCCAACUGGCAAAUGUUCUCACAUAUGAUGCCAUCCUACUUGCUGAACCACAUCAACGGCAAUGCCAUCUACAACCUGCAGCACCCGUGGACGAAGUUCCUGUUCGACACUUUCACUGCAGAGGGCAAUGCCGACUUGAUUGAGGAGAUGGCCUUCGACACCGUGUACUCAGCCAUCACGGCAGUUGCCAUGGAGGGCUCCAACGUAAUGCUUGCAGCAGCAUGGGCAGCUAGCAACGGCUCGACCAUGACCUACAGCUCUGACACUGAGCUGAUCCGAAACUAUGCCAACACCUUGCUGAACAGCAGCUACGACAUCGGGGCGUACAUUCGCCACGGAUCGAGGCAUAACAUCUUGGAGAGUUUGGCGGGUGACAUGGUCACGCUUGGUGUUCUUUCCAUUGAUGGUCAGAACGACCGCAUGCUGAGCAGCCUGUCAACCAAUCACCCCUUCAAGAAGGUCCUCAUGCUGACGCACUACCCAGUGACGACGUCCACCCAGACCAUCGAGGCGCCAGGCGGCGCUGUGACGCUGACCAUCGAGGAGGCUGAAAGCAGCCCACUCAUGCACAUGUGCGAGGUGGCGGACAAGGUGACGACACCAUGGUUUGCCUUGGCAACCAACCUGCACCACAUCAAUGCGCCGGUGAGUGUGCUCACGAGCAUGGGGGAGCCAGUGAUGCCGUAUCUCCUGGCCACUUCCCCCUACUGCGCCAGUCGUCCUGACUGCAAAGCGGCCUUGGAUCAGGCGGAUGAGCUUUUUGGCAUCUCGCUGAACUACCACCAUGACUCGAACGAGGUGCUCUUUAGAACUUCCGAUGCCACGAGCUUUUGUGCUGCCUGGAUGACUGCCGCUGGCAACAAGACUGUCGAGACUUGCGAAAUGGUCUUCGGGCCCACCGCAGACGACUUCGUGGCUUGGCAGAUUGCCGUGGGCAUGAACGUCACGGGUUUGCCGAAAGACAAGACACGCUAUGGCUGGAGGCCUUGGACGACCCUGUGGGCUCCAAUGCCUGUGGAUGAAAGAAAUUGCUCGACCACCGUCUAUGGUGAAAAGGAGUACCUGGAGUCGCUCGCCUUCAUCCCGAAUUGCAGCGUCUAUGUGGAGAAUGCUUCCGCCUGCGAUGCUGACACCAUGUGUUAUUGGAGGCCCAUGUUCGAGACGGGCAUUUGUGCCACGCAGUCGACGGGCACGAACAUGAUCGUGAACAUCACUGGGGCUCCUGGCGGAGACUCUGCCGAAUCCAUGUGCCUUGCCUCGUGGAUCCUGCUACAGAUAGUGCUCCUUCCACGCGGUGCAGACUUCGCCGGCCUGAAGACGAACAACCUUGAGCUUCGACCAUGUUAUGAGACCAUGGUGAACGCACAGCGGAAACAGCGCGGCUCGGAUCUUCGACCAUGGGGUAGGGCUCGUUUCUGUGAUGGGAUGUUCUUCCUCGCAGUGGCCGCUUUCAGCUUGCUUCCCUGGUCGGUAGCAGGGAAGAUGGCCGUCGUGCGAACCUUCGCGACCAGUCAGGAGGUCGCGGAUCUGAUGCAGUCCUACACGGAGUGGGAGUCGACCAUGCCGUGCGCAAGUCCUGGCCAGAGCAGCACGGUAGACCUGAUCUUGGUUUACAGCAAGGAUCUCGCCACGGACUCCACGGCCACGGCCGCAGUCCAAUCCUAUGAGUCAGGCUUCGCGCAGAAUGAGCACUGGACCGGCUGCUUCGGAGGCAUCAAAAACUUUUCCGCCAAGCUUGCCCCAGAGGAAGACCACUACGACGACCAGGGCUAUGCAAUGAACAGGCACUGGGUCUCAGGUCCCAACAUGGUGUUUCAGCACGUUGUGGAGGCCAUGUUCACCGGAGCCUUUGCCGGUGAGUACGACAGCUUCUUCUGGAUGGAGAUGGAUGCCGUUCCUGUGAAGGCAAACUGGCUAGACAAGUUUGUGGAAGAGGCCGCAGAGAUGCCUGCCAUGAACAUGGCCAUCCGUGGCAGCCUCUACGAGGGAGCCAACUGGCAAAUGUUCUCACAUAUGAUGCCAUCCUACUUGCUGAACCACAUCAACGGCAAUGCCAUCUACAACCUGCAGCACCCGUGGACGAAGUUCCUGUUCGACACUUUCACUGCAGAGGGCAAUUCCGACUUGAUUGAGGAGAUGGCCUUCGACACCGUGUACUCAGCCAUCACGGCAGCUGCCAUGGAGGGCUCCAACGUAAUGCUUGCAGCAGCAUGGGCAGCUAGCAACGGCUCGACCAUGACCUACAGCUCUGACACUGAGCUGAUCCGAAACUAUGCCAACACCUUGCUGAACAGCAGCUACGACAUCGGGGCGUACAUUCGCCACGGAUCGAGGCAUAACAUCUUGGAGAGUUUGGCGGGUGACAUGGUCACGCUUGGUGUUCUUUCCAUUGAUGGUCAGAACGACCGCAUGCUGAGCAGCCUGUCAACCAAUCACCCCUUCAAGAAGGUCCUCAUGCUGACGCACUACCCAGUGACGACGUCCACCCAGACCAUCGAGGCGCCAGGCGGCGCUGUGACGCUGACCAUCGAGGAGGCUGAAAGCAGCCCACUCAUGCACAUGUGCGAGGUGGCGGACAAGGUGACGACACCAUGGUUUGCCUUGGCAACCAACCUGCACCACAUCAAUGCGCCGGUGAGUGUGCUCACGAGCAUGGGCGAGCCAGUGAUGCCGUAUCUCCUGGCCACUUCCCCCUACUGCGCCAGUCGUCCUGACUGCAAAGCGGCCUUGGAUCAGGCGGAUGAGCUUUUUGGCAUCUCGCUGAACUACCACCAUGACUCGAACGAGGUGCUCUUUAGAACUUCCGAUGCCACGAGCUUUUGUGCUGCCUGGAUGACUGCCGCUGGCAACAAGACUGUCGAGACUUGCGAAAUGGUCUUCGGGCCCACCGCAGACGACUUCGUGGCUUGGCAGAUUGCCGUGGGCAUGAACGUCACGGGUUUGCCGAAAGACAAGACACGCUAUGGCUGGAGGCCUUGGACGACCCUGUGGGCUCCAAUGCCUGUGGAUGAAAGAAAUUGCUCGACCACCGUCUAUGGUGAAAAGGAGUACCUGGAGUCGCUCGCCUUCAUCCCGAAUUGCAGCGUCUAUGUGGAGAAUGCUUCCGCCUGCGAUGCUGACACCAUGUGUUAUUGGAGGCCCAUGUUCGAGACGGGCAUUUGUGCCACGCAGUCGACGGGCACGAACAUGAUCGUGAACAUCACUGUGCCUCCAACCACAACGACUGAAGAAUAUCUCCCAGAGAUAUCUAAGGCUUGUGGUACUAUGGCCGUUAUCGGUGCAGUUUUGGCUCUGUGCAGGGCUACUAUUGCCUGA